CAUCUAUACUAUUCUGUGUCACUACAUUUAAUUUAUGCCGAUCGGAACUUUUUCAAAUUUAGUCACAUUUUUUUGGGCAAGAUAGUUGUGGUUCAGCCCUAUAGUUUUUUUCUUUACUGUACAAUUUGUAAACCGUGGUAUUUAUGUACACGUUGUCCACAAAAAGUCGCUCAUAGAGUUUCCAAAUUAAGUUUUUGUGUAAUAAUUAUGCACGUGGAUCAGUUUUUGCAACCAAUGAUGAUGAAUAGUUUGUUGAAGAGAUUUUCAAACGUCAUUCCAUUACCUAUUUAAAGGUUUGUUCCACUUAAAGUAUAUAUAUAUAUCAUCUCUUGUUUAUAAAUCUUUCCACGUUUUCCUUUAUUUUUUAUCGUAAAAAUAGUCGUUUCCGAUUAUUUCAGCGAAAAGUGGAGUUUCUUUUUUGGAGGAAUCUAAUUUAAAGUUGAAGGGUGUCAAAAUUUGCAAUAAAUAAUUGAGUAUCUGUUUUGUUUCUUUUUGUUUCAAUCAUUAGAAAUAAGUAAAUAGAGAUAACGAUUUCAUUGUAUUGACAUAUACAUAUAUAAAGAAACUUGUAUUACUCAUAAUCCUUUAAAUAUUAGAUUUCAAUAAGUCUUUCAAUUAUGAAGUUUGGUAAAACGUUUGUGACUCACCAAAUUCCAGAAUGGUCGGUUUAUUACAUGAACUACAAACACCUCAAGAAGAGAAUAAAGACGAUUGAUUUGGUUGUUAACGAAGAUGAAUUGGUUCCUAGUGAAAUUCCUGAACUUAUUGGUUCAAUUUUAGCUGAAUUCUUUUUCGAAUUAGAUAGAGAUAUCGAAAAAGUUGAUGAAUUCUAUACCAAGCAAUUUAGAGAAUAUGAUAGAAGAUUACAAAAAAUUAUUUUGGUUUUAGGUUACUCCCCAGAAACCCAAGAAAUUAAUCACAAGAUUAAAUCUUCUGAUGAAUUAGAUGAAGUUGUUUCUAUCUUAUUAGAAUUGAGAACUAUUUAUAGAAAUUUGAAAUGGUACGGUGAAUUGAAUCACAAAGGUUUUGUUAAAAUUUUGAAAAAGUUGGAUAAGAAAUUAAGUUAUUUGAAUACCUUAUCUAAUGAACACCAAUUGAAUGGGGAAGCUACUUAUAAGGAAGAAGCCAGACAGAUAAACAUCCCUAUGAACCAUAAGGAUGCCUACUUGUCAACUAGAGUAAAUGCCUUACCAUUUGCUAAUGAGACCGAGUUGAUUAAUGGCUUAUCAGUUAUCAAUGCCAUUUUGAAUAAUUUGGGUGCUGAAAAGUUAACUAAUGAUGGUCGCAACAAUAACAUUAAGAAUCCUACCACAUCAAAUUAUUUGAAAGUUGGUGACACUAACUAUUCAAUUGAUCAAGAGAGUCUUGAAAGGUUUUAUUCUCUUAUUGCAGAUGAUGACUCAGAACUGCUUGUUAAGGAAUUGGACAAAAUUGAGCCAACUGAAAGAAAUUUGAAGCAUUUGAUUUCUUUAUUGAAUAGAGCAACAAUGAAAUGCUCUUACAACUGUAUUGAAGAAGUGUUCAAAGCUAUUGCUAAUUUUGUUGAAGAAUCUGAAUCCUUAUCAUUAGUGAAUUGUUUAUUUGACAAGGAUGAUAUUAGUGGUAGAAAUUUCUUCCAUCAUCAUACAAUUUCUUUAGGUAAGAAACAAAAAAUUCAAGAAGCUAAGAGAUCUCAAAUCAAUAUUGAAAAAUUGAAUGAGAUUCAAGAACUGGAAUUACAAAAGAUUCAAGAUCGUAAUUCUCUGUUGGUUACUCCCGGUGAAUAUUCUGACAACAAUAGAUUAUACGGAAACAAUGGAGGUCCCGAUGGUGCUGAAUUACCUUCAGUGGAUUCACAUGGAAUUGCAUACCUUUUGAAUAAUAUCGUUUUGAAAAGUGAUUUGUACAAGAAAGAAUUGGGCCCAUUGUUGAAUGCAAAGGAUAACUAUUUGAGAACGCCAUUACAUUAUGCAGCUCAGUAUGGUUUGAAAGAUUUAAGUAAAACUUUAUUGGAUUUUUUAAAUACUUUGAACAUAAUUGUUGAGGCAAAGUCAAUUGAUGAUUUAGACUUCUGGGGUGAUCAAGAAGGAUUAACCCCAAUUCAUUUGUCCAUUAUUGGAAAACAUCCAUUGACAACUGAGAUUCUUGUGAAGUGUAGUUUCACCAAUCAAUUGACCUGUUCAAACUUGUUGCUUCUUGCAGUUAGACUCGACUCUCCAGAUAUUUUGGAUAUUUUGAUUAACCAUGGUAAGAUUAAUGUCAAUUACACUGAUGUUGAACAUAAUAUGGAAACUGCACUUUACAUUGCUUCAAAACUCAAUUUAAUUGAUGUUGUCAAGUUUUUGUUGACAGCUAAUGCAGACACUAAUAUUGGUGAAGAUGUUUUUGGAUGGACUCCAGUGUUUGCAGCAGCUUCUGAAGGUUAUGGAGAUAUUGUUAAAGUUUUGAUUGAAGCAGGGUGUACUAUUGAUUGCGUAGACGAAUCUGGUUGGUUGCCAAUGGAACAUGCAACUUUGAGAGGUCAUCUUGACGUUGCAGACUUGUUAAUACCUGAUGAUGAAACUCUUUUGGCUUAUGACAUGAAUGACAGUAGUAAGAAUACCCCAAGAGUCAAGAUGAGCGAGGCUGUAAAGGAAAAGUCACCUUCUCCUUCUAUUUCCUCCACGGAUGGUGAAGGCUCACGAAUCUACGGCCAAAAAGCUGGUAACUUUUCAACAUCCAGUAUUGAUAAGUUACCAGAACCAAAUAAGAAUGCCGUGAAUGAGGUCUACAGACAAUUGAAGCAAUUGGAUACCAGUAGUGAGAAGUCUGGACCUAGAAUUGCCAGAUCUAAGUCUCCAUUGAACAAGAGAAAGAUUAAGCCUGUUAAAUCUUUUGGUCAUAAAUAUUUAGACAGGGAUGAAUCAUUGAUUUUGAUUACUUUGGGAACUACUGACUUAAGAGACUCCAGCGAGCCUAUUGAAUUAAACAAGAUUUCGAUGGCCAAAACUUUUUUCACCGAAUUGGAUACUGCUUUAUCGUUAGUUAUAACUAUAAGGGACAAGAGCUCUAUCGGUAACAACAAGCCUUUAGAGCCUCCUGUAGUUAUUGACUUACCCCUUGAGGAUCAUCAUGGUAGUGCAUCAGAUCCUAUUAGUUUCAAAUUGAAGGAUGGCUUGAAUCCUCAAGAUACUAUUAUUACUUUUGAUGUUGUACCAACCUAUCAAUAUGCUAACCCUACUGAUUUGAACAGUCCAAUACCACAAUUUAAGAAGGUUCUUGGAAGAGCUGUUGCUAUUAUGAGUAAUGCAUACACCAGAGUUGGGGCAAACUUGAGAUCAUUGAAUAACAAUAUCACAGUUCCAAUCAUUGAAUCAGGAACUCUUGAUGUUUUAGGAUCCAUUAAGUUUGAAUACAUGUACGUCAAUUCCUUCGAACACGCUUCGAUGAAUAUUGGAAGAAGUGAUACUUACUGGAAGCAAUUGGUAUCGACCAGAGUUAUUGGACAUAGAGGAUUGGGUAAAAAUGUUAGUAAUAGAAACUCUUUGCAAUUGGGAGAAAACACAGUUGAAUCAUUCAUUGCUGCUGCUUCAUUGGGUGCCUCCUAUGUUGAAUUUGAUGUUCAAUUGACUAAGGAUUCCGUACCAGUCAUUUACCAUGAUUUUCUUGUUGCUGAGUCUGGUGUGGACAUUCCUAUGCACGUUCUUACAGCCGAACAAUUUUUGGGUUUAAGUGAAGAUUCUAAUGAUCGUUUGAAAUCAAUGAAGAAGAAUUUGAAUAGCUUGAAAGAAAAGCAAGUUGGAGAAAAGAAGGAUAGUAAUUUCAUUUUCAAGAAGAAUUAUUCUUUGGAUGACGAGAUGUUGAGUAAAUUACACAGACCUAGAUCAAUGUCACACACAGGAACUCCUGAUUUAAACAAGAAGAGAGAUAAGGUAUUUGAUGUUAUUAGUGAAACUCAUUCUGACGAAGAAGAUGAGAUUGAACGUGAAUUCAAGGAUCAAAUCAACAGACGUAUGAAGUUGACUAAGACUUGGAAAGAUAAGGGAUUCAAGGGUAAUGCUAGAGGGUUAUCGGUUGCAUCCAACUUUGUUACACUCUCAGAAUUAUUUAAGAAAUUACCAAAAACAGUUGGAUUUAAUAUUGAAUUGAAGUACCCAAUGUUGGAUGAAGCUGAAGAAGAAAGUACAGGUGAAAUAGCCAUUGAUUUGAACUAUUACGUUGAUACUAUUUUAAAGUGUGUUUACGAUGAAAAUACCACUGGAAGAGAUAUUAUUUUCUCUUCAUUCCACCCAGAUGUUUGUUUGUUGUUAUCUAUGAAGCAACCUACUAUUCCAAUUUUGUUUUUGACUGAAGCUGGAACUCAAUUUAUGGCUGAUAUUAGAGCAUCUUCUUUACAAAACGCCAUUCGUUUUGCAAAGAAAUGGAACCUUUUAGGUAUUGUUAGUGCUGCCAAAACAUUAGUUAAAACUCCAAGAUUGGCCCAAGUUGUUAAAAGUUCGGGAUUGGUGUGUGUAACAUACGGGGUUGAAAAUAAUUCUUAUGAAUUAGCAAAGAUUCAAAUGAAGGCCGGUGUUGACGCCGUUAUCGCUGAUAGUGUUUUGGCAGUAAGAGAGGGAUUGAGAAAGGAUCAAGAACAGACCAAGGAAGAGUCUUUCGAGUAAACAUGAGUUAAUAUAUAG